AUGAGCAAGUAUCCGAUAAAGGACAAGGUUGUGUUGAUAACCGGCGCCUCGAGGGGAAUUGGCUUAGCCUUGGUGGAAGCAUUCCUGGAGUCAGAAUCUGCCAAGGUCUACGCGGCCGUUCGCACGUUGGAGACGGCACAACCUUUAGUGGACAAGUACAAGGACCGUGUCGUUCCCUUGUACAUGGAUCUGAACAAGGCUGAAUCCAUUACAGCAGCCGCCGGAAUAGCAACCGACGUCGACAUUGUCAUCAAUAAUGCAGGGAUUCUGAGUUACACAACUCCAACUGCAAGUGAUGCAGUGGCUCAGCUGCAACACGAGAUGGAGGUCAAUGUGUACGGCUUUAUCCAUGUGGCGCAAGCCUUUGCACCCCUGCUCAAGGAAGGGGGAAUUCUCUGUCAGAUCAAUUCGGUGGGAAGUUUACGCUGCCCAAUCCCUUCCGUGUCCACCUAUGCUGCUAGCAAAGCAGCCGCCUUCACCAUGACACAAGCCCUGCGAACAUCCUUAAAAGAACAGGGCACCUUUGUGAUGAGUGUCCAUCCAGGGCCUGUGGCAACCGAUAUGAUUUCACAGCGAGGAGACUUGAAACGGGCGGACAUAGCCUCGGCAGAUUCAGUGGCCAAGGAAGUGGUCAAAUCGAUGCAAGCGGGAGAGUUUCUCUGUUUUCCGGAUGAGCUCUCCAAAAGUCUGAGCAAGGCAUAUCAGCCAUUUGCCGACUACGUCUUCGAACAGGGGAACGUAUAUUAG